AAAUUUUAAUCACGAGUCAGACGCACUAUGUAUGCCGCCUAUAAACAACAGCUGCUGGUUUGCUUGAAAUUUCAACGCCGUCGUUUAAUGUUGUAUGACAGCGCAAUAGUAAUGCUUGAUAAGAAAAAUUCUACGAUAGCAAAACAAAGUUGAAAAAGAAAAUUAAAGUGUAAUUCAAAGAAAAUUAAAGUUUAAUUGCACAAGCGGAAUGCCAAAUAAAACGUAUCUUUUAAAUGCUAUUUGUAGACGGUGCUAGAAAAAGUGUGUAUAAACUAUGCAGCACUACAAAGAAGUACAUUUUAAUAUUUUCGUGGGAAAACAUGCUUACAUUCAACAGCCCCUAUAUAAAUCUCUGAAUCAUGUCAUGGAAUCCUUUGACGACCGCUGCCCAAGCAACUGAACUUUUCAGCAUUGCGUUGAUUUAUCUUCUACAUCAUAUCUACAAACUCCAAUAUCCAUUUUGAUGAUCCCUUGGAUGCGUGCCAGAUGGGCGGCACGCAAUAAACGAACCGCCAAUGAGGAGAAAAGUGAUACGGCACAACCCACUUGUGUUGAAGCGGUACGUGACGGCGGUAUACGCGCCUCAAGUGCCAAUUCCAGAACACAAACUGCACCUACGACAUCCGUGGCAUGCGAAUCACAUCCUAAGCAUGUUGCUUCACCCGCUCGUCACAGCGCACCACCACAACGACGUAGCCGACGUGCUGUCCCGGUAUCCCCUGCACGACACGUCAUACUUCAUCCUAAUGGACGUGCGGUACAUAUGCCGCCUAUCGAGCAAUCGCUAUCGCAGUCACAGCAGCUGCAGCAAGCCAGUCCCACUGUGACGCCGCAGCCACGUAGAGUGUCAAGAGUAAGAGGCUCGCGCCGUUCUGCGGUCCUAUCGAGCUCAGAUUGUGCUACUGCCGCCUCCAGUGAUAACAUCGAUCGAGAGACGCCCAAAGAAAGAAUCAAAGUGCGAGUAAUUUGUCCCAGUGCACGUGUCCUUAUUUUCGAAGCGGACGUAAAUAAACGCAUCACAGAGUUGAAAAACGAAGUAAUGUUGGAGCUAUCCGAUGACCCCUCGGCUAUGACACUAUUUGCGCCCGAUGUGCGCCAGCUUGGGCCACGUUACCGGAUCAUGCGCGCGGAGUACCAGGGUGCCGAGUUGAAUGAAAGUAUGACGCUGGCACAGCUGAAAAUUGAGGAUAAUUCCAUGUUGGUGCUGGUGCCCCGGCGGCAGAACCUGCAGCAAAUGACGGCACUAACGCGCGAAGUGCAACCGCCGCGGGAAGUGGAAAUCAAUGCUGCCACCCGUAACAUUCUGCCACACACUGCGGAUAUGCCAUUGGUGGAUAUCAACGAAAUAUUUCAGCAAUCGAAUCUGCAAUUCGAUGUGCGUAAAGUUCUCAUUUCACUGGCGCAAGCAUCUGCAGCCAUUAUAGGCGCUGGUCCUUAUGCGACAAGACUGAUAGCGAUGCUUAAACAGAAGCUGAUCAACAAGCGAAAUUAUCAGAAUGACACACUGCAGUGCCUUGUCGAUAUGGGUUUUAAAAAGGAGAAAGCCGAAUAUGCGCUUAAAGUUAAUCAAGGUGUAUACUCAGCAGCACUCGAAUGGCUCAUACAACAUCAAAGUGAGGAGGGUUCAGAGGAGGAAGCAGCAAUGGGUUUACAGAAAAGUUUAUCAGUACUCUCACCUUCUGGCAUAAUCACUAAUGAUAGCAUAGUUGAAAACACAGAAGCGCUUCUAGAGAUAGUACGCAUCUAUAGCCAUCGUGAUAUACCGCCUUCACCUGAGACUAUUAGUUCGUUGGUGGAAAUGGGUUUCGAAGAAACUGAAGUGCUGAACGCUUUAAAAAAGACUUGCAAUAACAAAGCAGCAGCGUGUGAAUGGUUGUGUGGAAAUCGUACUGGCAGUUUGAUUGAGCUGCGCGAAGGUCUAUCACAAGAUUCGCCUAUACUUAAGGCCAUACUCGAAAUGCCACAAGUGCAAAUGAACUUAAGUAACCCAAAAAUACUAAUAGCCUUUCUGUCCAUACUCGAAAACGAGAAUUCCAUACGCGUUUGGGGUGGCGACAAUGACACCACAUCUGUAAUUACACAUAUCCUGCAGAAAUAUCACGAAGAGAAGCAUGUGCUAGGCAUCAAUCAGUUCUAUAGUAAUCGUCAAUAAUAUACCGAAAAGCAAACUAUAAGCUAGCGUGCAGUUUCUAAAUAAAUAAGCGUUUAAAGCGCAUGCGCACAACAUUCACAUUAUACCUUAUGACAUGAAUGAAUGAAUGGCGGUGAAAAAGGUAAAUAAUUAAAAAUUGCCAUAGCAAGCGUUUGCAAUUAGCUUAGUAAAAUGUAUAAUUUUAAAACUACUUAAAUUACUUAUAGUAAAAAUAUUACACCAAAGAAAGUAAACGAAAAAUAUCUGAUAGCUGAAGCGUGGAAAGAGAAAGAAGCUAUAAGUAACAAGCAGUUUCGUAUUAGCUUAAAAAUUUUACGCAACGCACAGCACGCGCCAAAAAGCCUCUUAUACACACACACACAUACAAAAAUUUAAGUGCUAAAACCAAAAAUUAAAAUUAAUAGUAGUAAUAUGUAAAAGUGCAAUUUUAGCGCGUACGAUCAUACAUACAAAUACAUGUGCAGAAAGAAGAAAAUAUGAAAUAGUCAGUAAUUUCGACAUUUUGCUAGGCGCCAAAUUUAGUUAAUUAUGUAGUACUUUAAGCAGUUUCACAGACUUAAUAUUAGUGGCAGGCUUUUCUAGCAAAAAUAUGGUAUCACAUUAAGCGUAUAGAUGUAAUUGAAUUAUUUUUGGAAUGCGGUUCAUAUCUACACAAAUGUAAAACUUAAGCGAAACCAAAAACAAUUAACGCUUGAUACUCUAGAGCUUAGAAGAGUCACAUUAAGUUUUAAUGUACAUAGUAACAGGCAAAAAACUUUUAGUUAGCUUACGA